AAAAAAAGGAAGAAAUAAAAAAAGGUGUGGGUCCAAAGGAGUGUGACAAGCUCGUUGGGAGUAAGAAAAGGCAGAGCUUGAAAAAGAUGAUCAUCAGCGUUGGCACUUGGCUAUGGCUCACCGGAGCAAAGCGGAAGCAAUUGGGAAUGAUCAUCGUGGCUCGCCGCAUUCUUCUUUUCAGGCGGAGAAACCCUUGCCGCAUUUCUUUACGAUUAUUCUUCCUAGGACCAUCACUGAAAACAAGCUGGAUGAAGAAAACAAGUAUAGGUGUUGCUUCAUCAAUGAUUCCCAAGUGGUUUGGAACAUUGUUGCAGGUCUGCAAGAAGAUUAAGCCACUGAAGCUUUUGAAGUUGAUUUUGCUAACAGGUAUCUUGGGGGUGGUGAACUUUGUAGUGGCUGCGGACAGGGAGAUCAACAAGGUUUUCUGUGGAUUUUUUGAUCAAUCUAAAUGUAAUCAGUAUGAGAUAUUAAUUCUGGAUCACGGUCUUCAAGGAGCGAGGUCUAAAGUAGAUGAUCAGGACAUCAAAUUUACACAUGGAGUCAAGAGAUCACGAUGGAGAUAACCCCAGCUCUCAGCAACUCCAAGAGCUAUCUGAUGGCGAGUUGGCCAAUCCAGAUGAAUCCAGUUGUUUCAAGCGCGUCUAGUAGGUUUUCGUCCGCAUGUACUACACCAAAAGGCUAUAAUUCAUAGUCCAAGAACUGUUUGUAGAUUAUCCGCCAUUUACAGGAACUUGCCAUAAAGCAGCUGAAAAACUUAAGGCAAGGAUGGCAAUUUCAGUUCAAUAAAUUGGAGCUAAGCAAAUAUGGUGGAUUAUGUUCUGUUCAAAGAGGAGGAGCAUGCUUGAAAUGCACUUCAAAAAUUGAGUGGGAGGUUUUAUGCU